AUGAACCCUUCGGAAAUGCGUCCAAGAUCAAGAUCACCUAAUUUUCAAACUGAAACCACCACUACUUAUAAUAACACCAAUAUGUUGUCUGAUCAACUUUUAGGGAAUUUAGAAGCUAAACUCCCAUAUGAAAAAAAUGACAAUUCUUUUAUAAAUAAUAAUAAUCAGUUUAUUAAGACAAAAUAUAGAAUGAAUCACACACCGUUAAUUGGACCAUUUCUAGAAAGAAAACGCUGGAGAUGUGUAUCAUGUUUAAUAGUGGUUAUGAUUAUUUUAGCUUUGUUUCAAGGUGUUUUAAUGUUUUUCGACUUCUUAUUGUCUUCGAGGAAUGAUCAUCCAAAAAUUGAAAAACAAAAUUAUCAACCGGUAAAAUAUAUUGGCAUACCUUCUAAUGUGACAACUGAAUUAAAUCAAGAAGUUACAAAGAUUUUUCAUGUCACAAAAGAAUUUGGAUUAGCAUCAAUGGGUGGAUUAGGUCAUAUAGUUACAGGAUUGUCACAAGCUCAAACUGCUAAUAGUGCAUUAGAUGUAAAUGUAAUCAUGCCUUUUUAUUCUUUCUUGAAGUUAUACCAUGAAUUUCGUAGUUUUGCUCAAAUGUCAAUUGAUGUUAAAGAUAAAUAUGGAAAUUCACAACAAGUCGUGUUUUUAGUAAAUUACUUUUAUUGGAAUGUAACUCAAGAUGAUGCUGAUAUAUUGAGUGACGAACCACCACCAGAGCCAAGAGCUGUAAAGGUUUUUGUGAUAGGUCCUGAUAAAAAUGGCAUGGAACCUUUUAAUUUAGCCUUUGAAUCGGAUGGUAUCAUUGAUAUAUAUUCAACGCCACCAGGUUUACCUCAAGAAUGGAAGGAUCUGUAUUUUUGCAAAGCUGUAGCUGAAUUAAUAGCAUAUAUAAAUAAUAAUGUUGAUACUCCCUUGUUUGCUACUCAAGAAGAACAUGGUGUUGACGUGAUACAUAUUCAUGGCGCUACAAAUGCAUUGGUAGUUGAAUUUAUCAAGGAUUUAAAUAAAGGAAACAACAGAUUUAGUAAACCACCGCCUGCUAUUGUUUAUACUUUACAUGAUUAUUUGGAGGAACAAUUGUAUUCAAAUGAGGUUGUAAACAUUUUAAAAUUUAUGGAUUUAAAAAAUUACACAACUGAAAAGCCAAAUUAUUUUCAUGGUUCAAGAAUGUACACAUCAUCAUUAGCAAUUGAUCAAGCAGAUUAUGUCACGUUUGUUUCAUAUACAAUGGCAAAAGAAAUGGUGGAAGGACCGAUGGAUUUCUAUCUUAAAGAGUUGAUUAUGCCUAGUAUAUUGGAACGUGCUAAAACAGGAAAUUGGAUUGGAAUAACUAAUGGCAUUGAUCUUACAAGUUUUAAUCCAUUUAAUGACUCAUUAUUAAUUGAAACCAAUUCAAACUUUCCAAAGAACAUUUAUACAUUCAAUCCAAACGCUCUUAUUCCUGGAAAUAUUGAAGAACGUUAUGAUAAACUGGUAAUCUCUUCAAAAUAUAACGCAAAAAAACAUUUAAUUAGAGAAGGCCUUCUUCAAGAAAAAGAUUUAAAUCGUGUAAUUGUAUUGUUUGUAGGUAGAUUCCAGUACAACAAAGGUGUACAGUUUUUCUAUGAUGCUGCUCAAAUUAUUUCACAAUUAGAUGCUAAAUUUAUAAUAAUGGGACAACAUAAUAGUUUUCCUGUUGAAAAAAUUGCCACCAUAAGUAAAGAGUACCCGGAUGAUGUUGUGGUUAUUAGUGAUCUUGAAUUUCAAAAAAAUUGGGGCUCUUUAUAUAGAGCUGCUGCUGACAUAUUAUUUGUACCUAGUCUAACAGAAAGUUUUGGAUUAGUGGCAGUUGAAGGUUUAUUAUUUGGAGCUCCCGUGGUUAGUACAGGUGCUGGCGGAUUAAAAGAAUUUUUGAAAAAUAAAACACAUAAUGUACCAUCAUCACCAGACGAUUUAGAUUUCGAUUAUAAUUCAUAUUUGUUUAAUUUAUAUGAAAAUGAUAUGUUAGAUUUAUCAAUUGAAGAAAUGAGAUUGGCUUUAAGUACAGCCAUCAAUGAUAUAAAAGGAUUGUCAAAUGAUAUUAGAGGCAAAGAAAUAUUUUUGAGGAAAUUGAUCAAAGAUGCUUUAAGUUUAGAUUGGAAUAAACCUGGUGGAGCUGUUGAUCAAUACGCCAAAGGCAAUUCUCAGUCUCUUAAUCUUAAUCCAUCAGGAUCCGGUAAAGAUGAUAAGAAUAAAGAUGAAAAGGAUAAAGAUAAAAAGAAAAAAUGGGAACCACCACUUCCUACACGUGUUGGCAAGAGAAGGAGAAGAGGGCUUGAUGCCAUUUCAAAACUACCAGCUGUAUUUCCUACAACGAGAUGUCAUCUUAAAUUGUUGAAGAUGGAACGUAUAAAAGAUUAUUUAUUGAUGGAAGAAGAAUUUGUCCAAAAUCAAGAAAGAUUAAAACCGCAAGAAGAAAAAGCACAAGAAGAAAGGAUAAGGGUUGAUGAUUUGCGUGGAUCACCAAUGGGAGUUGGUACAUUGGAAGAAAUCAUAGAUGAUGAUCAUGCAAUAGUCUCCUCUUCUACAGGUCCAGAGUAUUAUGUCAACAUAUUAUCAUUUGUUGAUAAAGAUUCAUUAGAACCGGGUUGUUCGAUUCUUUUGCAUCACAAGGCCAUGUCUGUUGUUGGAGUUCUUCAGGAUGAUACAGAUCCAAUGGUCAGUGUGAUGAAACUUGAAAAAGCACCCACUGAGUCAUAUGCUGAUAUUGGUGGGUUAGAGCAACAAAUCCAAGAGAUUAAGGAAUCAGUAGAAUUGCCCUUAACGCAUCCGGAAUUAUACGAAGAAAUGGGAAUAAAACCUCCAAAAGGAGUUAUUUUAUAUGGAGUUCCAGGAACCGGCAAAACACUUUUAGCAAAAGCUGUAGCAAAUCAAACAUCAGCUACAUUCUUACGUGUUGUUGGGUCAGAGUUGAUUCAGAAGUAUCUCGGAGAUGGACCUAAACUUGUGCGCGAAUUGUUUCGUGUUGCAGAAGAACAUGCGCCGUCAAUAGUUUUUAUUGACGAGAUAGAUGCUAUUGGAACAAAACGUUAUGAGUCAAAUUCUGGUGGUGAGAGAGAAAUUCAAAGAACUAUGUUGGAAUUAUUAAAUCAAUUGGAUGGGUUUGAUUCUAGAGGAGAUGUCGUCAUGGCAACAAAUCGUAUAGAAUCACUUGAUCCUGCUUUGAUUCGUCCAGGACGUAUCGAUCGUAAAAUAGAAUUUCCAUUACCAGAUAUAACAACUAAAAGAAGAAUCUUUAAUAUACACACUAGCAGAAUGACUUUAUCACCAGAUGUAGAUCUUGAAGAAUUUGUCAUGUCUAAGGAUGAUCUAAGUGGUGCAGAUAUUAAGGCUAUUUGUACUGAAGCAGGUUUAUUAGCACUUCGAGAAAGACGUAUGAAAGUGAUCGCAGAAGAUCUUAGGAAAGCAAGAGAAAAGGUUUUAUAUCGUAAAUCUGAGGGAACACCCGAGGAAAAACAUUAUUUCAAUAAAUAA